AUGUUUUAUCAGCUCCUCCCACUAACUGCUCUGCAAAAAAUGGCCAAGGCUGGUAACUUCAAUUGUAGUCCAUUGGCUGAUCUUACGAAUGCAUCUUGUCCGGAGGAUUAUAAUUUCUGUAGGGAGUUUGAGCAUGUCCCUGCUGUCUACCUAUCAAUCAGUAUUGUCUCUUUCUCUUGCUGUUGUCUGGUUUUUCUCACAUAUAUUCUCAUUAAGAGGCUGUGGGGCUACUCAUCUAGAGUAUUCUUAUUAAGAACGUCUCUCGAUUUUCUAAUAUCGAUAUGUCACAUAAUACUUUUUGGUGCAGAGGGAAACAAAAAUGCUUGUUUAGCUUUUGGUUUGAUAUUUCAGUUCUCACUUAUAGCGGCGAAUCUUUGGUACGCUCUUUUGGCAUAUGAUCUCAUCAGAGCUAUACGAAACCCUUUUGGGCUAGGGUCACAUCAUGGUUGGAAGUCACAUUUGUUCAUUUGGUCAGUUUCUUUGUUAGGAGCAGUUAUACUGGGACUAUCAGCCAUUGGAGAAAUGAGAGUGGGACCAGGGGCAUCAAUGUUUUUCUUUUGUUGGAUAUCAGUUGAUGAAACAGUCUCAAAGUUUGCUGUCACUUCACUAUUCCUCUAUUACCUUCCACAUUUUAUCCUCUGGAUUUUUUCGCUAGUCGUCAAUCUUGUAGCUCUUUGCAUCCUCUUCGGUAAAUUCCCCGCAAGCAGCGAAACGAGACGACAUAUAAUAAAACAAAAUACGCUCUAUGUGUUAUUCCUUGGUAUUGAAACCAUCUUAAUCAUACCGUUGUGGAUCACACAAUUAAGUAUUAGCUCGUCUUCUCACUAUAACCAAGAUCGCAUGUGUUUUGCCGACCAUGGCAGCUUAAUACUAGCUUUUAUCUUCGCCGUCAUACACAGUUCGAGGGGCGCCGUUGACCUUUUUGUUUGGUGGGUGACCUUUUCGAUCGGCCCCAAAGACUUUAAGAACAUUUUUUUGAGGUACAAGGCAUGGCGCUAUAGAAACCUUUAUCUGCCCCAGGACAACCUCCAUACUCCACUGGUUGGGUUGGAACAGAGCAGAAUCAACACUAUACUCCGUAAAGAUGUCAUAUUCUGUAUCAACUAUGGGAUCCUCGAUGCAGUGAAACUCAAUUCGGAGGAGGAGAACCAGCGGACCCACCUUGGAUCCGUCCGUGAUCCGUUCAUGGCACACGUGAUGGUAAAGUGGGACGAGGAGGUUCACGAGGAGGAGACCAAGAGCAAAUACUCUGAUCCGAAGUACCAGGAGGUUCACAAAAGACGGAUUCCCUUCCGUCCCUCAAACACACUCAAGGAUUUUGCCUUUAUCGAUAUUGAGCCGACAGUUUUUGGCCUACUGCGUCAUUCCUAUGGAGUCAGCCCAGCCGAGUACCAGCAGUCAUUCCAUAUUCGUGACGAUCAGGACGUGGAGAGCAGUGGGAUGCUAGAGAAAUUCACCGAAGGGAAGAGUGGUAGUUUCUUUUACUUUACUCGCGAUUACAAAUACAUUAUUAAGACCGUGACGUCUGAAGAGGAGGCAUUCCUUCAGAAGAUUGCAUUUCGUUAUUAUGAUUACAUGCAUAAUAAUCCGGACAGUGUCAUCGUGAGGCUCUAUGGUCUUCACAAGGUCCGACUGGCUAGUGAACAACGGUACAUUAGUGUCGUUGUUAUGGAGAACUUAUUCCACAACAAUGAGAACCUUAAGAUGAACGAACGCUACGACCUGAAGGGCUCUCGUAUCGGGCGUAGGGUACUCAAGGGUAACGAGAAGAAGGAAGAACGUUUCAAGAAGACUCUGAAAGAUCUCGAUCUUCAGAAACCAAUCGUGAUAGGACCUGAAGCGAAGGCACAGCUACUGGAACAGCUCCAACGUGACAUUGACUUCCUUUCUUCUCUCCAUAUCAUGGACUACAGUAUGCUACUCGGGAUCCAUCAUCACUCAAAAGAGACCCGCCAAAGAUUCCAGCACUCGCUACCAGUCGAAUUUGCUGACGGCGACGACUUUACUCAAGUCACUUUUGGAGGAGGAGGAGGGGCAGAAGAGAUACCUCUCAUAUCCUCACUUAGCUCUUCUCCAAAGAGUACACUGGAAAGAGGAGCAGCUCUAGCUAACAGAAGACCGACUCUUGAUUCAGUCUACGACGACAAUAUUGAGGACUCCACUAAUGAGGGACAGCGACCAAGGUCUCACCAUGUACCAUGGUAUCGUCGAGACUAUGGUGGCCUCCGCUCAUUUAGUCCUAAUCACCCGCUUAACGGUAACCUAGUGACGUCGCAUGGGUCCAUCGUGCUCCCUGAUGAGGCUCCGUAUGAAGUAUUCAGCAUAGAGGAUCUACCCACCGACACGUAUUAUUUUGGUAUUGUGGACAUUCUCCAGGUUUAUAAUUUUGACAAGAAAAUUGAGAAUUUCACAAAAACAAGGAUACUCUGCAAAGACGGCGAGGGUAUCUCGGCCGUGGAUGAGAAGAAAUACGGGCAGAGAUUCAUGGACGCCAUGGAUCGUAUUUUUAUAUAGAAAUUAAAAUAGUAAUAAUGAAUAAAAACGAUUUAUUAUGUGUGAGUGUGUGUCGAUUUUUUGUGUGCUUUGAGUGUACUCUAUUGAUAAUAGAAAUUAUUGAAACCUGUCUUUUGGAUUGUUUGUCAACAGUCUUUUCCUCUCAUGUAAA